AUGCCCGUCCCUGUUGCGAACCACGUUGAGAAGCUGCCUCCGGCGUCGCGCGAGCGGUUGGUCCGAGCUGGUAUCGACCUGACAAACUACCCUGAGUGGCCUCCAAAGCCGAAGAGCUUGACGCUCGCCGCUAAGGUCAGGGAGGAAGAGCGCCCUCAUAUCGAGAGGGGCAAGAAUGCGGAUCCGGAGAAGAAGGCACUCCUCAAGGCCGCUAAGGAGGUCAUUCACCUCAGCAAGCAUAUCGGGACGGAAAUUGUCGGUCUUCAGCUGUCGCAGCUAACGGACCAGCAGAAAGACGAACUCGCUCUUCUCAUCGCCGAGAGGACGGUCGUUUUCUUCCGCGACCAAGAUCUGACCCCGCAGCAGCAACGCGACCUGGGCGCUUACUUCGGUGAAGUCGAGGUCCACCCUACUGCUCCUCGCGUGCCUGGUCUCCCGGGUGUCUCCAUCAUCUGGCCCGAGCUUGCAAGGCAAGAGAGGGUUGGUUUUAGGAACCCCUUCGGAACUCAAGAUUGGCACACGGAUCUUACUCAUGAGAAGCAGCCGCCGGGCAUCACACACCUUCACAACGACACUAUUCCGUCCAUCGGCGGCGACACAUAUUGGGCUUCGGGUUACUCCGCUUAUGACAAGUUGUCCCCUGCAUUCCGUGCAAAGAUAGACGGCCUUCAGGCCGUCUACCGCUCAGCCCAUGUGUACAAGAACCCUGAGGACCCUGAUGGUCCUCUCGUUCCGAUAGAGCGUGUGCACCCGCUUGUGCGCACCCACCCGGCGACAGGCUGGAAGAGCUUGUUCGUGAACCGCAAAUACACACUGCGGAUCGUCGGUUUCGAGCCAGCCGAGAGCAAAAUCAUCCUGGAUUACCUCUUUGACGUGUACGAGCGUUCUUUGGACAUCCAAGUGCGUUUCAAGUGGACUCCGGGGACGUCCGCUCUCUGGGACAACCGUAUUUCCAUUCACGCAGCCGUAUUUGACUACGAAGGCCACGAGCCUCGCCAUGGUACUCGUGUGUCCUCGCUGGCCGAGGUUCCUUACUUUGACCCGCAAUCGAAGUCGCGUCGUGAGGCUCUCGGGCUGGACAAGCCAGAGGAUUUCUUGCCCAAGAAGGAGAUUAUCUACUGA